AUGACAAACCACGACACACCCAAAAUGCCCGGAUCCCUCCCCAGGAAACCCUCCUCAGCGCCCUCGCGACCAGCCUUCAGCAGCAACGGCACAUCCCGCCAAAACUCCGCGAAACGCAACACUAGCAUCCUAAGCUUCUUCGAGAAAACAGACGGUCCCCCGCAAGCGACGUCUCGCCAGCCCCGGAUAACGCAGUUUGCUUCGCCUAGUCCUAGGACUACGGCUACGAGCACGGGUUCGAAUACGAAGAGGAAUACAGGGGAUGCGAAUCGGGGUCGCAAUCCUGUCGUGCGGAGGGAGAAUUCGAAUGUUGGGUCUUCGGCGAAUGAGAGCUUGUUCUUGGAGGAUCGGAGGCGUGCUGCAUCAGGGACGGGAGAUGUUGGGAGGGAGAGGUCGAGGUCGCGAUCGCGGACGCCGGAUGAUUUCUGGGGGGAAGGGGAGGAUGUUGGGAAGGAAGAGGACGUGGAGAGGUUCAAUGAGAAUCGGUCUGCAGUGAAGAGGCGUAGGACGGGGGAUUCAUCGAGUUUGUCACUGGUUGAGGAUGGCGAAGAUGGGAAGGGAGAAGACAAUGAGAAGGAGGGUGCCGGGGAUAAGUCCGAGUCGCGUGCUAAACCGAAAGCGAACACCAGCGGCCCGUUCAUCGACGAGUCAGAUAGCGAGGGAGAUCUGGGCGCAUUCCGGGAGGUCGAGGUCGAGGAGACAGUGACCAGUACAACGGACGAGCCGAAGUCGAAUACUGAUGGCCCAGAUCAGCCAACGCCCGACAUACCACCAUUGGUAAGAGAAGCCACGAGCCAUAUCGACGAGGAAUAUGCGAAUUUUGACGAUCUAGGUGAAGGCGAGGAAGAAUUCUUAGAGCCGCUCUCCGCGGCCGGGAAUGAGUGUGAAGAGGAGGCUGUUUGUCCUAUUUGCCAGGGUAAUUUGGUUGGAUUGAGCGAGGUGGAUGUAUCGGUUCACGUUAACGACUGCCUCGAUGGCAAGACAGAUCCUCCAAAUCCCGCACCAGCAGAGCCGGCACCAGCACCGCCCGACAAGUUGACUCGAAUCGAAAAGGCUGCAAUAGCGCGGCCAGCACAAAGAGACCCGUACACUACGAAAGAAGCACCGUCGAAAUCUGCCUUCUCCAAAUUAAUGGCCGGCAAUGCUGAAGACACAGCGUGGGCGGCGGCCGCAGCAAACGAAGUUUCAUCGCGCGGAAAGCAAGCCUACCAACGAACCUGUCCGUUCUACAAAAUCAUACCAAAUUUUUCCAUCUGCGUGGAUGCGUUUCGCUACGGCGCUGUCCAAGACUGCAACGCCUACUUCCUUAGCCAUUACCACAGCGACCACUACGUGGGCCUUACAUCGUCCUGGCGCCAUGGCCCGAUCUAUUGUAGUAAAGUUACAGCAAAUCUUGUCCGGCAACAGCUCAAAGUUGAUCCGAAAUGGAUCGUACCGUUGGAGUUCGAGAAGACGACCGAAGUGCUUGGUACGGACGGUGUGCGCGUAACUCUAAUCGAGGCGAACCAUUGUCCCGGUAGCGCGCUGUUUCUUUUUGAGAAGAGGUUUGGACAGGGACCCUCGUCGAGAUUGCGGCGUGUGCUACAUUGUGGCGAUUUCCGAGCGUCUCCUGCGCAUGUACAGCAUGCGCUUCUUCGCCCGGAGAUUAUGGACCCGAAUACUGGACAGCGUCGGGUUCAGAAGAUUGACGUUUGUUAUCUGGACACGACGUAUAUGAGUCCGAAAUAUGCGUUCCCAAGCCAGAACGACGUGAUCCAGGCAUGUGCGGAAUUGUGUGUGCAAUUGGACCAGGACGCGGGUGUUCUGCCGCAGAAGAACGGCGGGGGUGAUGGUGGUAUGAUGAGCCAGUUUGUAAAUGCAGUGACCGGUGGCAAUGCAGGAAAACCGCCAUCGCAGAAAGGACGGCUACUCGUGGUGAUGGGAACAUACAGCAUCGGCAAAGAACGAAUAUGUCUAGGCAUCGCCCGCGCUCUCCAAUGCAAAAUCUAUGCGACACCGGCCAAACAAAGAGUCUGCGCCUGUCUCGAAGACCCCGAACUUAAUGCUCUUCUAACAGACGAUCCUCUUGAAGCCCAGAUCCACAUGCAAACGAUUUUCGAAAUCCGCUCGGAAACACUGGCGGACUACUUGGCGUCGAUGAAACCGCACUUUUCGCGGGUUGUGGGAUUUCGCCCGACGGGCUGGUCGUAUCGGCCGCCAUCUGGCAGGAUGCUGGAUAAUCCUCCGGUGGAGACGGUACUACACUCUGCGCAGUGGAGGACGGGGUUCUCGGCAAGGGACCUGGUAGCUCAGCGCGGCAGUACGCGGGAGAGUGCAUGUUAUGGGGUACCGUAUAGUGAGCAUAGUUCGUUCCGGGAGUUGACGGCUUUUUGUUGUGCGUUGCGGAUCGGGCGGGUGAUUCCCACGGUGAACGUAGGUAGUCAGAAGAGCCGGGAGAAGAUGAAGGGGUGGAUUGAGCGGUGGGAGGGAGAAAAGAGACGAAAUGGGCUGUUUAGAGUUGAGGAGUGGUAG